AGUAAACAUGUGUAAUACAAUAAUAAUAAUAAUAAAUAUUUUCUCUUUCUUUUUAUAUAUCUAUCUAUUUAUUUAUUCGUUCAUGAAUUGUCCGUUUUUAUAAUGACUGAAAAUAAACGAUCGAUCUUCAUUUUAACCAUUCUCGUUUUAUUCUUUACACUAUUUUACUUGUUUUAUACACCGUCACAAAAAAGUUCAGGAACAACAAAAGCUCAUCAACAAGAUUUACAAGAAUCAUUUAUAACAUCAUCUUUAAAUAGAAAACCAAGUACUAUUUGUGACAAAGUAGAUAUUCCAUGGCUAGCUGGCGAUCGAGUUUACUGGGAUGGUUGGACUGAUAAAGCCAUGUUUAUUAAACAAGAUGGUACUUUUACAAAGGGAAACGUUUAUAUUCAAGAAAAUGAACAAGUUUGUAUUGUUGUUUUGCUUGGACCUACACCUGCUAAAUCAUCUGUUAAAAAUGAAGAUCAUUUAGGACCAAGAGAUAGUAUUGCUUUAUUUGCUAAAGGAAAUAAAACUACUUUAACCAUUGUAGAACUUGAACAACAUGCAACUCAAUUAAACGCUUAUUUUGCACCUGUUCAAUUUAAUUUUCCAGAUAUCUAUCAAUUACAUGGCUUGAAUGAAUUUCGAUCUUAUUUUUGGGAAUCGCCUAUAUUACAUACAUAUCGUCCUUUUCAAUUUAUAUCUGAAAAUAAGGUAAUUGUACAGCAGCAGCAGCAGCAACAACAACAAGAACAAGAACAAAAUAGAUCAUUACCUGAAUGUUCUUCUCGUCAGCAUGUUCAUGGUGCUUGGAUUGAUUUAAAUCUCUUUAGUCAAACUCAACCUAAAUUACUCUAUUCUAUGUUUGAAAAUUCAGAGAAUGAUUUUAUAGAUGGAAAAGAAAAGAAAGUAUUUGUUCCAGAUCAAUGUCAAUUAAACUUUAAAAGUACAGGUUAUGCUGCACGUUGUCUUAAUAAAAAGACGAUUCAUAUCUGGGCAGAUGAUCAUAUUAAAAGAAAUUUAAAAGCACUUCAUUUUAAUGGUCAAGUAUGGUGUCAUGAAAAUACAAAUGACUAUCCUCAUUGUAUUUGUCAUGAAGAAGAUGAAUCAUCACUUUAUCCUUGGGCCCAUGACCCAUUUACACCUUUUGUUCUUAAUAAUGCUUUAGGAAUUCAUACAGAAUUUUAUUAUAAUACAAUCUCAACAGAUAUCGCUCAUAACGGGCCUUCUAUCUUGAAUUCAAUAAGCUCAUUUAUGGAUAAAACAACAAAGAAGGCAGAUAUUGUCAUUCUUGGCUUAGGCAAUAAAGACAUUGAAAGUUAUCGUAUCUCACCUGAACAAUUUGCUAUUCAAUUUAAAGAAUUUAUCCUUACCUUACGUCAAGAUCUUUAUUAUCCUUAUCAAACUAUUCUUAUUCGUACUCCACAAUAUUAUUGUUGUGGUAUUCCACUUAAAGGAACUUCAUGGAAUAAUGGACGUAGUAUGGUAUUUACAAAGAUAGUUCGACAUAUAAUUCAAGAUUUAGAGAACACCUUUGUAUGGGAUGUACAUGCAUUAGGUACAAAUGAAAACACGUGUAUAACUGAGGGGACAAGUUAUUCAAAAAGACAUGUAGUUUAUAUGGAAAAUCAAUUAUUAUGGCAUUUAUUAUGUCCCAAAAGAAUAGAAUAAAAGAACAUAAAUAUAU